UAGCAUCGGCUUCGUCAAUCAAUCUGGCACUACUGUGUGAGGGGGAGACGGAAGGAUUCUACUGCUCAUGAUUCCAUCCAGCCUGAAGGUCGUCACUCGUGCUUACAGAAAAGGUCACAUCACAAGUGAUAAUGGUAUCCCAUCUUUCAUUUGAUUAAAACACAGGAAAAAGCACGUUGUAACAGCGUUUGCCAAGUCGUAAUUUACAAAAAGGUGCCCUCUACCGCAGCUACGUUCACUCCUGAAUGAAAUACUACACAGAUCUUCAAAAUGUUUGAUGCUGUUCGGAUGCGAUGCAUAUCAUCUAAAAAAUGGAAAUGACAAGGAAAUAACUUUCAAAAUAGCAUCGAUCACUAUUUUUGAAAAAAGCUAAAAAGAUUAUGAUUGCUGAUUACAGUGAAACGGAUACCAUGGAAAUGACGCAUCUUUUAUAAAUUUCAUGCCUUAUGGUGACCCUGCUGUUCGGUUUAUCAAAACUGCUCUUCGGGAACUCUUGACUUAUUAAUAUGAUAGAGAGAUGUAAGGAGAUAAAGGAUCAGCUUCGGUAUCAGAAUUGCCUGAAAAAAAAACUACACUCACCCAAAAUCUGCUGGAGGCGGCACUUAAGUGACGUCAGAAAAUGUAAAACUGGUAUUUUCAGAUUUUGAAUGAUUUUAUCAGAACUGAUAGUUAUUCAAAGUUUAUUGAUAUUGUCAAGCCUGUCAGAAAACAGCUUCGUAAGAACAAUGUAAAAGCAAUGUGAAUAUUUCUUCUGAACCACUUGCGCGAAAGGAUCAAUUAAACAAAGAGAAAAAUGGCCACCAAUAUGAAGCUGAUGCAGGAAAUUAGUGACCAAUUCCUUCAUUGUAAAAUAUGUUUGGAACCAUAUAAAAGUCCGAAAACACUUACUUGCUUACAUACGUUUUGUUCAGAAUGCAUUCAACAACAUGUGGAUUCGGAAAACACGCGUUCUCGAUACUCUUUAUAUAACCGCCACGUCACUUGUCCCCUAUGCCGCAAACGAACAGAAAUUCCUACAGGUGGAGUUAGACGUCUUCCAGAUAAUUUCCUUUUGGCCAACCUGACAGAAGUAAUUGACAGAAAAAGACCACUGAAAAUCCCACCAUGUGAAAUUUGUCAUACUGUUAGACCAAGAAGUAAUGAUGCAUGUUCAAAGUGCCUAGACUGUUCAAAAUUACUAUGCAAGGCUUGUGUUGAGUUACAUUUAACAACAAAAGUCACACAAAAUCAUAGCUUGAUUGAUGUUGAGGGAGAAAAAGAUAUUGAAUGUAAAGUUCAUCCAGACGAAAUAGUACGAUUUUACUGUGAACCCUGUGAUGCUUGCAUUUGUGUUGUUUGCACUUUUCAGGAACAUCGGGACCAUGAAAUAUGUUCAUUCAGCGAAGGAUACUCAAAAUAUAAAUCCUCAAUGGAGUCAUUGUUGAAUAAUUGCAGAAGUAGAUACGAGGUUGUCCAAGAUCGAAUUACUAUUAUGAAUCAAUGCGAAACAAUUUUGAAGGAGACGAGAGAAAAUAUAAGAGACUUGGCUAUAAGUUAUAUUCAACAAGUGCGAUCCACCGAAAAAGAGCUGCUGAAAGAAGUUGAGUCUUAUUUUGGUGAAAACAUCAUGUCUUUUCUUGAAAAUAAAGACUGGCUCCAAGAAAACUUGGACGGGCUACAAAAUGCAUGUAACUUGACAGAUAUUAUAAUGAGGGACAAAGGUGUCGAAAUGCUACUAUUAAAGAAAGAGAUGCAGAACAAACUGGUAUCGCUUUUGGAACCAACUCUACCUGAACCUCCAGAGGAUGUAACCAAUUUCACAACCAAAAUUAGAUUCAUUCCAGGUGGAAUAAAAUUUGGAAGGCUCACCUUUAAUGAAAACUCCGAUGAAAAUGAAAAUUCAGAAUAUUCAAUGGAUCUACAAAAAAAUUCAUUUGGAUGCCAGACAGACGACUCUGCAAAUGAAGAAUGUGCCAAACGUUCAAAAGAAAGUAGUAUACAAAGCUUCUCCGAAACUAGUUCUGUGGCAUCUGAAAUGGAAAUCAGUUAUACUUCAGAAGUAGCAAAUUACUAUGGACAUAAAAUGGGCUCACAAAGUAGUCUUCGAUCACUGACACCAGUGCCAACGGUUGACGCGUGUAUGCAAACCUUUUCAAACGUUGGCUCUAAAGGUUCCGGUAUUUGUGUGAAAUGUUGUCAAGAUUUACAAUCUGAGAUCAACAUUGCAUCAUCAAAUUACAACACGGCCCCUUGUGUUCAAGAUGUCAUCGUUCUUGAUUCGGCAGAGGGAAAUCCCAAAGAAUGGCGUAGGAGAAGACGAAGUUUGAUACGAAGUAGGCGAGUUCAGACUGAUCUUUCUAUGUCGAAUGAAAGUGUGGACGAAAUGAGUCUCUCUGUGCCAAACUUGCGACAUAUACCAGAAAGAAGCCUUUCAUGUGAUGCAAUGACAAGCAUGCAUAAGCGAGAAACAAGAACGAUAGCUCUCGAUCCGAUUAUUUUAGAAUGUAUCAAUGAAAGGAAACAGAAGAUAUCUACUCGAGACACAACGACAAUGACAACUAUGGAAAUGAAACCAGUCGUGCCAACUAGAAAUGCUUCAACGUUCACCAAUGCACCUCGUACACGAGACUCAGAAAUGCAAACCAAAGUAGAAAACAAAACGUGUGAUACACAAACUCCGAAAGUGAUCCAGUCUACUAAGAAUGUUGGAACCGAUUAUGCCGGACAGACAGAUAAAGGCACGGCUACAGUUAAAGUCUCUCUUAUGGAUAGUGAAACCACCAUGCCGACGAUCUGUCAUUCUUCUGUUGAGACCUGGACAGAUCCACCAUCGACAACUGACAGGUCAACUUUUACUGUAGUUUGUAACACAGCAGAUGCAGUUACGGAAAUGACGCCAAUUUCUGUCUCAGAUCAGGGUUUGCAAGUAAAGCCUAACCAAAGGGACAUGACCACUUUAACGCAACCGAGAAAUAUGUUAAACUCAUGUAUUCAGACUGAUCACUGGGAACCAUCCGGUUCAUCUGAAAAUAGAAAGUCUUGGCAUGGUGGUCUACUGAAACUGUUCAAGGGAAAAGGAUCUGUAGACAGUCGCGGUUCAAAUGACAGGCUUUCCAGUCAAUCGAGUUUGACAGAAAUGUUACCACCUUUGAGUCCCACAAUGGUAGAAGCAAGCACAGAGACGUGCUCUGCUGUGUUUUCAGAUAAAGAAACAAACACUACUAAGUCAAUAAGUACAGACCAGUGGACUGAAACGAAUAAUCCUGUUUUGGUCAGUACAGGCAUAUCCCCUCCUCGACCGGCAACAAUAGAUUCUAGUGUGGAGACGAACCCUCUAGUACUGAUGGACCAAGCGACGCAUACAGAAACUGUCAAGUUGAAAGACUCAUCCACAGAGACCACACUUGUUGUUCAAGAUAAUGAAACAUUGACCGAAAGAUUAAAGUGCCAGGAUGCUCAAACAUUUGUAGAUUUAAUGAUGGAAUCAAAAGAAACAAGCACCGAUAUAAAACAAAUCGUUGAUUCCAGUGUAGGUACAUCUGAUAUGCUACGAGAAAGUAGAUCUCUAACGGACAUGUACCUAGGAAAAUGUUCAACUCCUAAGCACAAGUCAACAAACGUAAGCUUAGAAGAAUUCGUACAAAGGGUUGAUACGGCGACAAAUCCCUCUCCACCCGAUGUACACGACCGUGGCACCAUGGCGAUGUCAUUUGGACAGUCUUCUCAAAUGUUCACAGAAACUUCAACACAAACAUCAAUGGUCAAUCUCUUCGACAAGUCAAUAGGUACUUCGCGUGAUUUCGAACAAAGACCUAUUGAAUUUUGCGACAUGGCUACAUCAACAGAAUCACUACCGUACAUUGGUUUAUUGAGUGAAUUAGAGGGAGACGAACUCUUUCUUAUUCCUGAAUCUGCAUUCGACCUUGUGUCUUCAGAGCCAUCUAUAGACGAAUUUGGUGAUCCAAUUGAAAUGGUGGAUGAUUAUACAUCAACAGAUUUUGCUCCAGAUACCGAGACAGCCACGCAGACGUUCGUUAUUCCCAUUCCUCAGACAAAUGAUGUCGAUCUCAAUGAAUCAGAAGUGUGGAAGCACUCGAAAAGGAAAGACAAGGAGGGAAAGGAGCUAAUUGAUGUAUGUACUAACACUCUACCAAAAUUGACAUUUGAAAAGGAAACGUCCACACCAAUUCGGCACCUAUUUUCGAAAGGGACAAUGACAUUUUACAUUGCAAAAUCUGAUAAAGCUACAAGUACAUUCAGCAGUUCUAGACAGAUAGCCGAGAAUGUUUUCGGGAAUAAGACAAUACAUGAUACAGCAAAUAAGCUUACCAUGACUCCCAAGAUAGAGGUAACUGAUGCAGCCACCCUUACAGAAACGAACUCUGUUGCGGAAGGGAAAAUGGCGGCUUGUAUCUCAAAAUUACAAAAGGUAUCAGAGCGAUUACAAAGUCCUACUCAGAAAAAUAUGCCGGAUGUCCCUUGGAAAAGCUCAUCAGAUGAUCAGUUAUCAUCCAAAGAGGGCUUAAACGAUGUUGUUGAUGCUACAGAGCAAGAGCGACAGAGAAAUGUUCAACAAUUAAUAGCACAAUCUAACAAUGUUGGGAAAGCAAAGAAGGGGGACAGAAAACCACAACCAAUAACAACCUUGAAAGGAAAGACACUGUUACCCCCAGAAGAGUCCAUCGAUAAAACUAAUAUUCAUCCACGUGAUGGAGAGGGAAGUGAGACAAUAUUAACUGGAAACACAAGCAUCAGCAAUCAAAUGUCUCGAUAUAAUUCAGCUCCAGGAAAAAUUGCGACGGUACCAAACAAGAAAUAUAAGAUUAGUCAGAAGCAACAUAAUAAAUCCCCAAGCCGUAUUCCUGUUCACAAAGGUAGUAACACUUCGUUAGAUAAAACGCCUGUUGUAAAACCAAAAUUCCCAAAAGUUACAGGUUCUUCGAGACCUUCCUCAACAGAGUCCGAAUCAACGGCGUCAUUUAUUUCGUGCAACUCAGAUAGUUCGUUUAUUUCGAAUGAUGCCAAAAUGGACUUUUCCUCUUUGAAAAUUGAUCCUAGUCAAACUCCCUCUUCUCUUCCAAGGGAAAAAGAGAAGGUGGAAGAAGAUUCGGCAAAGAAACACCAAUCUCAGAAAAAAGUUAGCUCUUCUAACGUGAGCUUUAUGCAAAAACUCUUCUCGAAGAAGAAAAAGUAUCCCGAUCCUAUUAAAAAUCUACCAAAUACGCAUGGUAAAGAGCCAAAACAGCUUCCAAAAAAGAAUCCUUCUCCAGAAAAGGAACCGACAAAACCACAGAAAUCGAAACCUUUCGUGUACAUUCGACAGAAGUACAUGUCAAUAGAACAUGAAAAUGAAGAAGAACAGCCCGGAAGUGAAGCAUCAGGGGGAUACCCUAGACCCGUGUCUCCGUCCUCAAAGAAGGGCCGUCCCGCAAAAAGUGAAAUAGAAAAGACAACACCAAAGUUAACCACAAAGCGGUCUCAAUCGAAUCGGAAAUCUAGACCGAAAUCUAAAGAGAUAAAACAGGACGGAGGAAGCAGUAAUUCAGAUGUACGCCCAUUGUCCUCUUAUGAUAAUCUGUGAAAGUCGCGAUAAAGCAACAGAUACAAUGUUUUAUCAGAAUGUUCUUUAUAGAACAAAAUUUUAAGUUUACACUGUUUGUAAAGUGUAAAACUUUUUUAUAAUUUCAUUUUAUAGCUACAUAGACAUGUAUAAUUCACAAUUUAUUGUCAUACACUUUCAGGUAGUAAUUGUCAGGUAGUUGAUAGAAUCCGUCCUCAGAUUUUCAGUAUGGAUAUACGUACAGUUGUAAUUUGUAUGAUUUAUUUAUCAUCUUUACAUGACAGAAACAAAAUCCACGUAAAGCACCUUCUUAUACAAAUUUACAUAUACUCACUUGUAGAUUUCAUAUGCACAUCCGUUUAUACAGGACAAAACAAGAAAAUAUUAUUUAUAAUCCAUGAAAAAACCAUCGACAAUUUUUUUUUAGUUGCUGGAAAAUAUAAGCUUAUCUUCAAUUUUAAUUUGCUAACUUAAGAUUCUGUAUUCCUCGAAACACCUCUUGUGUAUACUUAUUUCUGUACAAAAGUAUUACUUACCCCUGUCAUCUCAGUGCAAUAUUGUAUAGACUGUGUACAAAAUUUACAGAAAAUGCAUUAUGAAAUUGCUGAAAUAAAAUCAUAAAAGGAU